CCCGUGCGCGCUCCCGUGCUGUCUGCUACCCGGUCCGAGCCCGGUCUGUUCGCUGACUCAGUGCCUUAAGCAGCAUCACCGCUCAUCAGAACAGACACACAGCAUCCUCUGCGAAGAGACACACCAGCCAUGGCCAAAACAGCAACCGCAUACAAAGAGAAGAUGAAGGAGCUGUCCGUCCUCUCCCUCAUCUGCUCCUGCUUCUACCCAGAAACUCGUAACAAGCUUGUCUGUGAGUUUGAAGACAUGGAGGUGAAACCUAUAAACAAGCGGGCCUCGGGACAAGCCUUUGAGGUGAUACUCAAGCCUCUGUCUCCAGUGUCAGACGUAGCCCACAACCUCCCCUCACCCCCAAAGAGGGAUAUCUCCUUGGAUGAUAUUGAGAAGAAACUAGAGGCUGCUGAAGAGCGAAGGAAGAUCCAAGAGGCUCAGGUGCUGAGGGCUUUGGCAGAAAAGCGAGAGCACGAGAGGGACGUGCUGCUAAAGGCAAUGGAGGAGAACAGCAACUUUAGCAAGUUGGCUGAGGAGAAGCUCCAGAGUAAGAUGGAGCAGAUUAAGGAGAACCGCGAAGCCCACCUGGCAGCCCUGAUCGAGCGCCUACAGGAGAAGGAGAAGCGUGCCGCUGUGGUGCGCAGGAACAAAGAGCUGAGGGAAGAGCUGGAAGCAUGAGCCUUGCACAAGUCCUGAGUUCCACGGUCCCUCCAUCCAUCCUUGCCAUCCUCUCAGUCUCUCCGAAACAGACACUCUACCCCGAGGCCUAGAGGCUCAAGGACUCCACCACCACAUGACCGCACACUUUCUCACCAGUACUCACCACUAUCAGUAUUAUCAGUGAAACAAAUUUCAAUAACACUCCUUUUGAAAAUUGAAUGGAUUUGUUGAGUUUAGAGAAUGUACGAAUAUGGCUUUUAUUUUGUAAAUACUAUCUUUCUAUCUAUCUAUCUAUCUAUCUAUCUAUCUAUCUAUCUAUCUAUCUAUCUAUCUAUCUAUCUAUCUAUCUAUCUAUCUAUCUAUCUAUCUAUCUAUCUAUCUAUCUAUCUAUCUAUCUAUCUAUCUAUCU